CUGUAUCUAGGAAUGGGAUUCCUAUGGUUUGCCAGUGAAUCUGAAAUAGCCAAGCAUAAGCUCAUGUAGAAAAAAGUCUGUUCAUAGCAACCUAAUGUUAUCAACACUCCUAAAAUGAACAUAAAGAAUAACUGCAGAAAUGAGGGCAAAGCCCAGUUGCCCCUCUUGUGCCUUUUAAGUCAGCUCCAGUGACAGUGGGCUGCUGAAGAUGCUACAUCCUGACAAGGAGGUCAAGGACUGCAGUCUGAGCAUCAUCUCCUACAUCAGAAACUCUAAACAUUUUCUGAUAGGAAUUUUCCUAAUGCCUAAUUCUUGGGCAUGACUGUGAGCAACUGCAGAAACUCAAGAGCUUGACACUAAAGGUGUGAGGAGCACUGUCUUAAAGACUUUGCAAUAGCAUGAGAUGUCCUGUCCAUAUCUAGAAGUCCAGUUCUGGUCUGUUCAAUUGCCAGAUCAGCAGACCUCACAAGCUUCAACUCAGAAACAUAAAAAGUAAAAUAUUCUGAAGCAGCAGGGAAUUUGAUAAAAGAAGGGGUGGAGACUGCAGGGCAGAAUCCCAAGUUUUAGUUAAAUCUGAAAGCAGAUUAAAGUAACAAGAAAAGGUUUGAUAGCUCCAUUAUGAAUGCAUUAGCUGUAAAUAUGAAAUGCAGCCUGCUUAUAAGGAGCUGUUGAUAAUGUCCAUCAACACUGGAAUGAACGAGUACUUGUAUUGAUAGGAGUCCUGGCAACACUCCAUAGUGUCCCUCUCUACAGUGCCCUCUCCAGUGCACUUACAGGGAAGACUUGCAGAAUGUCAUUCUUGUCCACAGCCAAUGCCACAAGUUAUUUUUGCUGGUAGGGAUUUUAAGUUUCAUGUAGAUGUGAAUGUAACCUUGGCAUAUGUUAAGGAGCUCUGGCUGUGAUGGUUCCUCUGUGGGUGACAGCCUGCUCCUGAGGAGAGACUGUCCAUCACUAUAUCAGCCACAUAUGGAGAUGAGUGUCUGUGAAGAGCUCACACAGCUUCAGCAGAACUCAGCAGUCUGGACAAUUCCCAGCAUCUUGGCAAUGGAAUACAGUCAUCUCUUCAAAUAAAUAAAGUCCUACAAGAAGGAGACCUGCUGUAUGCAAGAUAGUGAGACCACAGAUUUGAAGAGUUGCUGAGAGUCUGAAAGGAGAUUGGUUCUCUGCUGAGACUGUGGUGGUAUUUGUUUGGUGAGUCCCCAUAGUGCAAGGACUUACGUAAACUAUAAAACUUGCCCUCAGACUGUGAGCUGUGUCAACUACUGGACCAGAAACAGUUUACCUGUUGUUGUUUCACUUCACAAAUAUACUGCCUUUUAAUAUAUUCUGCUAUCAUAUGUGGGCUACAUAGUUUUCCAGUAAAAACCUGGCCACCGGGAUUUUUUUCUAGUGCUACACAAAAAAUUUUGCCCAUUGAUUGUUCCAGAUUAAAAACCUGCUGUGCAGUAUAUGCUUUCAAAAAAUACACCCAGGCAUCACAAUGAAGGCAAGAUUGUCUUUAUUUGCAGAAGAAAUGAGAGUUCCUUAUUCACUCUCCAGUUUCCAAACGUUGUUGCAGGUUGAAGUGUCAGGGUGGAUGGAACAAAAAGGACCUCAGGAAUAUCACGACUGUAAUCAGUGUCGUGUCCCUGGUCUUCUGCCUGUUCCUGUUCACCAGCAUGUGAAUGUACCGAUCACCAUCUUCAUAAUCUUCAGCAACUUGGGGAGAUUGGACUCUGGUGAAAGGUUCCAUGCAAGAUGAGGGUUUGAUACCAUGUGAACUCUCCCCAGAGUAAGCAACUGUAGAUAUUUUAUUUUUUCUGUUAUCACAGAAAAGAAACCUUUUGCAUAUCUCUUAAUCACCAUCACUCUCUUUCAUCUGGUAGCACGGGUUUGUGAGCAGCUGCGUACAGAGGAUUGCUGUGUUAAGGUCAGUGAAGUCACAAGAACGGAAAACAAUCAGUGGUUGUCAAAGAGCCCCUGAAAGGAUGGGAGAAAACGGUUGCACAGUUUCAGAGGAGAAGCCUGACAGAUUGUGUGCUAGUUUUGAGAAACUGGCCUUUCUCCUAGCAUUCCAAAGCUCUGCUGAUAUGGAGAUCACAAUGCUGAUGAUUGGUGGGUGUACAACAGCCAGGCCCCACAGCAAAGGGGACAAGCUGAAGCUCUGGACCAUCACCUGGGCCAAAUGAAGACCCUGCACCAGCACUGCCUUUCCCGUGCAGAGAAAAGGAAGAGAAGGAAACCUUAUGCAAAGAAACAUUAAUGCUGCAGUAAAUCUCUGACAUCAGCUGCUGCUUGCCAGCACAGUGCAUAACAGAUGUCUGUAGCUAAGAACCACUUGUCUGAAUCGAUGUGGUGACGACACAGAGAAGGAACAGAUGGCACAGAGUUGUCUCUGCUCCAUUCAUCAUGUCAACAACUGGAAACAGUGACAAUACCACACUGGCUUCUUGCAAAUUAUGGAGCUCAGCAAGCAAAUUAGCCUGACUGGCAGGAGGUCUCAGAAAAGUAGAGUGAAAUCUGCCUUGGACAGCUAUGGAGAUCACAUCACUGCUGAAAGAGGUGCGGAGCCUGUUGGGAAGCACACCUGGCAGAAGUUCCAGCUGGGCCACGGGACCAAUGCUGCUCUGUAGAAAGACCUGAGACACCCUUAAGAACUGAGAAUCUGACUAAUUUAAACAGAUGGCUAAUCCCAGUGCUGUCUGCAAUGGGCACCUACAUCAUCAUCAUCAGAAACAGAAUAACCUCUUAAAAAGUGGAAUCUAUAAGAAAAAUGGAAUUACUAAAGGAAUGAAGAAGAAUGGCGUGUCAAACGGAACUCUCUACAAAAAGACAUUUAUUGAGCACUUUGAACAGGCACCAAUGUAUGUUGCAGUUUUUACUGUCGUGGGUUUUGCAGUGGGAACAAUAUUUGGCUACCUGCGAGAUUUUAUGAGAGCCUGGGGACUAGAAAAACGUAACAUUGCUGAAGAGAGAGAACAACAAAAAGAUUUUGUGCCACUUUAUCAAGAUUUUGAGAACUUUUACACCAGAAACCUCUAUAUGAGAAUACGGGAUAACUGGAACCGGCCAAUUUGCAGUGUCCCUGGGCCACAGUUUGACCUCAUGGAACGUGUUACAGAUGAUUACAACUGGACAUUUAGGUUUACAGGAAGGACUAUCAAGAAUGUAAUCAAUAUGGGUUCUUAUAACUACCUCGGCUUCGCAGAAACAGAUGUUAAUGCUUUGAAAACUGUGACCAUAGAGUUAGAAAAGUAUGGGACGGGAGUCUGCAGUACCAGACAAGAAAUGGGCACCCUAGACAAGCACGUAGAACUAGAAAAACUUGUGGCCACGUUCCUUGGUGUUGAAGAUUCCAUGGUGUUUGGCAUGGGCUUUGCAACUAACUCGAUGAAUAUUCCAGCCCUUGUUGGAAAGGGCUGCCUCAUUUUAAGUGAUGAGUUGAACCACACUUCUCUCGUUCUUGGUGCGAGGCUUUCAGGUGCCACUAUUAGAAUCUUCAAGCAUAAUAAUAUGCAGAGCCUCGAGAAGUUGCUGAGGGAUGCAAUAAUAUAUGGGCAGCCUCGCACCCACAGAGCAUGGAGAAAAAUUAUCAUCCUCGUGGAGGGCAUUUACAGCAUGGAAGGGUCCAUCGUGCGCCUGCCAGAGAUAGUCUCCUUGAAGAACAAAUACAAAGCCUACCUCUACUUGGACGAAGCUCACAGCAUCGGUGCAGUGGGAGCAACGGGCCGAGGAGUCGUGGAGUACUUCGGGAUGAGCCCUGAUGAUGUUGAUGUAUUAAUGGGAACGUUCACGAAGAGCUUUGGUGCAGCUGGAGGAUAUAUAGCUGGCAAAAAGGGCCUUGUGGACUUUUUACGAACUCAUUCUCACAGUGCUGUGUACGCCACAUCCAUGUGUCCACCCGUAGCAGAGCAAAUCAUCAGGGCAAUGAAAUGCCUCAUGGGACUAGAUGGGACAACACAAGGGCUCCAAAGAGUGCGCCAGCUGGAGAAAAACACAAGGUACUUCAGACGAAAACUGCAUGAAAUGGGCUUCAUUAUUUAUGGCAAUGAUGAUUCGCCUGUUGUCCCCUUGCUCCUUUAUAUGCCUGGUAAAAUAGGGGCUUUUGCAAGACGCAUGUUAGAAAGAAAUAUCGGGGUGGUCGUGGUUGGGUUUCCAGCUACUCCUAUCACAGAAUCCAGGGCUCGGUUUUGUGUGUCAGCUGCACAUACACGGGAGAUGUUAGACACGGUUUUGAAUGCUCUGGAUGAAUUGGGUGAUUAUCUACAACUGAAAUAUUCCCGGUAUUCCAAGUCAUCUCAUCCUGAACUGUAUGAAGAAACUAGGCUUGAACUUGAAGAUUAAGUUUUCCACCUCUGAAGAGAACAUUAUGACGCUAUGAAAGGGCGGAAAACCCGAAAACUGGAAAGCACGAACGCAUUUCUUCCCUUCUAAGGACAAUUUUUAUUUCUCAGUUAAUUGAAAGGAGGGGAAGUUCGGGUGUUGCAUCUUGUUGUAUCAAUUUUCUGUAUUCAAGAGACUGAAAUAUUGAUACAGAUUUGCCUCCCCAGGAGAUCUGUCCUUCUUACGGUAUUUUUGAUGCAGGAUGAAUGCAUCCAUUUUUCGACUUGCUAGCGUACAGCUUUUGGUAUGGCCCCUUUUUAUGAAGAGGCUCCAGAUAGUCUUAAUUGUGACUGAAAUAAUAAAGUUUAAAAAAAAAUUAAUAGAUUCCAGUGUAAUAUAGCUGAGCUUCAUCAGUGAGACUGACUUUUAUCUGUUAAAGAGCAUAAAUCAAGACCUCGGUGUGGACUGCUACAGAGGAAUGAGCAGAAAGUGAUCUCUUUUACUAAGUUGCACUAUCAUGCAUUUCUCCAAGGACAGAAAAUGUUAGAAAAAGAUUAAUGCUGAGAACAAGAGAAGUAACCUGAUCAGAUCAUGUGUUUCUGAUGGCAGAUCAUGGGAAAGGGAGAAUGCCUCCACCCAUCCACAGACCUUUUCUCAGCUGCUGAAAUGCACUCUAAGCUUUGAAUUGUACAGAAGUUUGGGCUUAGACAUGAACAGAAAUGCUUUUGUGCCAACACAUUUGACCUACAACCUAUCCCAUCUUCUCCCAAUGUAAGUUCUUCGGCAGGGCUUGCUCCCUUUUCGUGGAGCAGUAGUAAAUAAUUUUAAUAACCAUUUAACUUUCCCGUAAAAACCUUGAUCAAAACAGUCAGAUACUUGCAGUUCACAAACUGCAGAUGACAUUUAUGGGCCCAUUCCUAAGUUUCUUGAACUACUUAUGUGCCUAAUAAAUUCACUAACAAGUACAUAAUGCUGAAGCUGUUAGUUAUACAGAAUGUGAAGUUCAAUACCAUGAGCAGUUCUGCCACCUGUUAAACAGAAAACUCCAUCAUUUCUAUGUGUGCUUAAGUCAUCCGUGUAAUAACAUUUCUUGAAAUAUUCUUGUCUGUUUUAUGCAUGUCAGGGGUUGUUUUAUUUGUCCAGUUAUUCUGAGUCGUUUGUUUUUCAAAUAAUUGUUGUAUCAUCUGAGGGGGAAGAUGUGCUUGUCCCCUUGUCCCCUGCCUGAGUGACAAUGCUCAAAGCCACCUGAAGGAGUUGUUAAAGCCAACAGUUUCCCUGCAAGGCCACAGCAGCAUUAUCCUCAGGCUUGUGUGGGCUGAGUUGCUGGAAGGAGAUUGGAGGCUUUUCCCUUUUUUUCUUUGCAGCAUUGAAAAGCAGUUCUGCAGCUUUAAGAAUGAACUCCAAACAAUUCCACGCUAUCAAAUGUCAUUGUAAACACAUCAGAUGAGAGAUGUUUAGCUUUCUGUUGCACAGAUGUACCACACUUUCAUGUUCUCUUGAAAGCUGUGGUGUAAACUUAACCCACAGCUGCAAUAUUAGAUUUAAGAACAGAACAAUUAAAUUGUGGAGUACCAAUUACACUAUAUUACUCCCUGCUUGUUAAAGCAGCUUUCAGGAUAUAACCAGGCUGACUGAUUAUGAGGGCCCAUUUUUUGUUGGAUUUUUGUUGUUGUUG